ACUUUCGGAGUCUCUCAGCGUUUUGCCGGCCGCGCGCUUCCCAGUUCUGUGUAGCCUGCGGUUCGCCGCCCCGCUAGCCGCCGCGAUGCCGGUGUUUCAUACUCGCACCAUCGAGAGCAUCCUGGAGCCAGUGGCGCAGCAGAUCUCGCACCUGGUGAUCAUGCACGAGGAGGGUGAGGUGGACGGCAAAGCCAUUCCUGACCUCACCGCGCCCGUGGCCGCCGUGCAGGCAGCCGUGAGCAAUCUUGUCCGGGUUGGAAAAGAGACUGUUCAAACCACUGAGGAUCAGAUUUUGAAGAGAGAUAUGCCACCAGCAUUUAUUAAGGUUGAGAAUGCUUGCACCAAACUUGUCCAGGCAGCCCAGAUGCUUCAGUCAGACCCUUACUCAGUGCCUGCUCGAGAUUAUCUAAUUGAUGGGUCGAGGGGUAUCCUCUCUGGCACAUCAGACCUACUUCUCACCUUCGAUGAGGCUGAGGUUCGGAAAAUUAUUCGAGUUUGCAAAGGAAUUUUGGAAUAUCUUACAGUGGCAGAAGUGGUGGAAACUAUGGAAGAUUUGGUCACUUACACAAAGAAUCUUGGACCAGGAAUGACCAAGAUGGCCAAAAUGAUUGAUGAGAGACAGCAGGAACUGACCCACCAGGAGCACCGAGUCAUGUUGGUAAACUCAAUGAAUACUGUGAAAGAGUUAUUGCCAGUUCUCAUUUCAGCUAUGAAGAUUUUUGUAACAACUAAAAACUCAAAAAACCAAGGAAUAGAAGAAGCUUUGAAAAAUAGAAAUUUUACUGUAGAAAAGAUGAGUGCUGAAAUUAAUGAGAUCAUUCGUGUAUUACAACUUACUUCUUGGGAUGAAGAUGCAUGGGCCAGUAAAGAUACUGAAGCCAUGAAGAGAGCAUUGGCCUCCAUAGACUCUAAAUUGAACCAAGCUAAAGGUUGGCUCCGUGAUCCCAAUGCCACUCCAGGGGAUGCUGGUGAGCAGGCCAUCAGGCAGAUCUUAGAUGAAGCUGGAAAAGUUGGUGAACUCUGUGCAGGCAAAGAACGCAGGGAGAUUCUGGGAACCUCCAAAAUGCUAGGGCAGAUGACUGAUCAAGUGGCUGACCUGCGAGCCAGAGGACAAGGAGCCUCACCCAUGGCCAUGCAGAAAGCCCAGCAGGUAUCUCAGGGUCUGGAUAUGCUCACAGCAAAAGUGGAAAAUGCUGCCCGGAAACUGGAAGCCAUGACAAACUCAAAGCAGAGCAUUGCAAAGAAGAUUGAUGCUGCUCAGAAUUGGCUUGCAGACCCAAAUGGUGGACCAGAAGGAGAAGAACAGAUUCGAGGGGCUUUGGCUGAAGCUCGGAAAAUAGCAGAAUUAUGUGAUGACCCUAAAGAGAGAGAUGACAUUCUACGUUCUCUUGGAGAAAUAUCUGCUUUGACUAAUAAAUUAGCAGAUCUACGAAGACAGGGGAAAGGAGAUUCCCCAGAGGCCCGAGCAUUAGCCAAACAAGUGGCCACAGCCCUGCAGAACAUGCAGACUAAAACCAAUCGGGCUGUGGCCAAUAGCAGACCCACCAAAGCAGCAGUCCACCUUGAAGGCAAGAUUGAACAAGCACAGCGAUGGAUUGAUAAUCCCACAGUGGAUGACCGGGGAGUUGGUCAGGCUGCCAUCCGGGGGCUUGUGGCUGAAGGGCAUCGUCUGGCUAAUGUCAUGAUGGGACCUUAUCGUCAAGAUCUUCUUGCAAAGUGUGACAGAGUGGAUCAGCUGACAGCACAGCUGGCUGAUCUGGCUGCCCGAGGGGAAGGAGAGAGCCCACAGGCACGAGCACUUGCCUCUCAGCUCCAAGACUCUUUGAAGGAUCUGAAAACACGGAUGCAGGAAGCCAUGACUCAGGAGGUGUCAGAUGUUUUCAGUGAUACCACAACUCCCAUCAAGCUGUUAGCAGUGGCAGCCACAGCACCUCCUGAUGCACCCAAUAGGGAAGAGGUAUUUGAUGAGAGAGCAGCUAACUUUGAAAACCAUUCAGGAAGGCUUGGUGCCACAGCAGAGAAGGCGGCAGCUGUUGGAACUGCUAAUAAGUCAACAGUGGAAGGCAUCCAGGCCUCGGUGAAGACGGCCCGAGAACUCACACCCCAGGUCGUCUCAGCUGCCCGCAUCUUACUUAGGAAUCCUGGAAAUCAAGCUGCUUAUGAACAUUUUGAGACAAUGAAGAACCAGUGGAUUGAUAAUGUUGAAAAAAUGACAGGGCUGGUGGACGAAGCCAUUGAUACCAAAUCUCUGUUGGAUGCUUCUGAAGAAGCAAUUAAAAAAGACCUGGAUAAGUGUAAAGUGGCCAUGGCCAACAUUCAGCCUCAGAUGCUGGUGGCUGGGGCAACCAGCAUUGCUCGCCGGGCCAACCGAAUCCUGUUAGUGGCUAAGAGGGAGGUGGAGAACUCUGAGGAUCCCAAGUUCCGUGAGGCUGUGAAAGCUGCUUCUGAUGAAUUGAGUAAAACCAUUUCUCCAAUGGUGAUGGAUGCAAAGGCUGUGGCUGGAAACAUUUCUGACCCUGGUCUGCAAAAGAGCUUCCUGGACUCGGGAUAUCGGAUCCUCGGAGCUGUGGCCAAGGUCAGAGAAGCCUUCCAACCUCAGGAACCUGACUUCCCUCCUCCUCCACCAGACAUUGAUCAGCUCCGUUUGACAGAUGAGCUUGCUCCUCCCAAACCACCCCUGCCCGAGGGUGAGGUCCCUCCACCCAGACCUCCACCACCAGAAGAGAAAGAUGAAGAAUUCCCUGAGCAGAAAGCCGGGGAGGUGAUUAACCAGCCAAUGAUGAUGGCUGCCAGGCAGCUCCAUGAUGAAGCUCGCAAAUGGUCCAGCAAGCCGGGUUUUCCAGCCACUGAGGUAGGUAUAGGUGUUGUGGCAGAGGCAGAUGCGGCCGAUGCUGUUGGUUUCCCUGUCCCCCCUGACAUGGAAGACGAUUACGAACCUGAGCUGCUGUUAAUACCAUCCAAUCAGCCAGUCAACCAGCCCAUUCUGGCCGCGGCUCAGUCAUUGCAUCGGGAAGCCACCAAAUGGUCUAGUAAGGGCAAUGACAUCAUUGCAGCAGCCAAGCGUAUGGCUCUACUGAUGGCUGAGAUGUCUCGACUGGUUAGAGGAGGCAGUGGUACCAAGAGGGCACUGAUUCAGUGUGCCAAGGACAUCGCCAAGGCCUCAGAUGAGGUGACUCGGUUGGCCAAGGAAGUUGCAAAGCAGUGCACGGAUAAGCGGAUUAGAACCAACCUCUUACAGGUAUGUGAGCGGAUCCCAACCAUAAGCACCCAGCUCAAAAUUCUGUCCACUGUAAAGGCCACCAUGCUGGGUCGGACCAACAUCAGCGAUGAGGAGUCUGAGCAGGCCACAGAGAUGCUGGUCCACAAUGCCCAGAACCUCAUGCAGUCUGUGAAGGAGACUGUUCGUGAAGCAGAAGCAGCUUCAAUCAAAAUUCGAACAGAUGCUGGAUUUACACUGCGCUGGGUUAGAAAGACUCCAUGGUACCAAUAGGCACCUGGUCGAACCUAGCUGGCACAGAAAUCCCACUAAUCAGAAUGAAAUGAUCUUGAGUUUCUAGGAGCCACCCAGAAUGACUGGGGGGUUGAAAGCCAUAUCCUGGCUUCACUUAACAGAAAGGAAAGGGGCCUCUUCACAUUAGAAAACAUUUAUACUCUGGUCAUGGACACUUUGAAAUGUGUCUUGGUAAACAGCCUGUAUUCUCAGACACAGUUAUACUCAUGCACACUUUGUCCCAACAGGCAGACUGGGUUUCUAGCCUAUGGAGACUUCAUAUAAGCUCAGAAUCCAAGAGUGAACACUAGUCAGACAACCUGCUCUACAUUUGUUCCUAGGGGACAGUUCCUGCUCUGCUUCCUUUUCCCUGUAUUACAUUCUCUCUUCUAGGCUCCCAAGACCCAGGGCCCAGGCAAGUCAGUUAAGAAGGAAAUCACUGUGCCUCCAAAAUUUGUUUUGGGCUUUCCAUGUUGCUGCUGACCCUGCCUGCUCUCCCUGGCUGUGCUACCUGGGUUCCUUUUCAGGAGUGAGCUUUGCUGCUGUAGGGGAAGGUGUCUUCUGGGAGUCCCAGCAUAUGGGGCCUGGAUUAACUUUCUGCCCUCUCCCAAUGUAAUCCCAUACUCAAAGCCAAAUUUCACUGUCAGAAAAGAAGUCUCAGAAUCACAUGAUUCUGUCUUUUCCAGAGGGAAACUUCUAUCCCAUAUAAUUCACCUCAGCCUGCAAAGGUAGCCAUCCCAUGAACACACUGUGUCCAGGUGCUCUCUGCCACUGGAGGGGCAGGGUAGCCCAGGUAUGGCCUUGCUCAUUUUCCCAUCAGGGCCACUCCCAGGCACUUCACGCUUUGUCACUGCCUGCAGAGGUCUUUGCUGAGGCCUUAUCAUUCAUUUUUAGCUCUUAUUGUUCCUUCUGAGCUGAAAUGCUGCAUUUAAUUUUUAACCAAAUCAUGUAUCCUUACCCUGACUUUUAUAUUCUUCCCUACCCACCCUCUUAAAUAAGAUUUUAAAGAUGUGUUUUUUCAUCUGUAAUUUUGAAAGAUCCUUUUUAUCUUUUUGAAAUUCAGAAAUAAGAAUUGGUGCUUGCUCCCUCUACCCCGCCAUGAGUGUUUAAUGAAAGGUAAUCCUGUCAGGACACUCCUACCUAAGGGGAAGGGAUAGUUGAAUACCAGAAUUCUGCUACUGUAGGGGAUGAGUCAGUUCCCUAGGAAACAGUCCUCAGUAAUUCCUACCCUCCUCAAUCAACUAUAACCAAGUCCCUUGUAAUCCUCUUCUCCCUCCCAAAUGUUUAUUUAAGAGAAAGGGAUAUAAGACUUAGUUACCACCAUAAUUUCCUAUUAGCAAAGUGAGAAAGAAGGCAAGUUUUCCUUUUUUGCACUUGUCACUGCUGUCUAAGCAUUCCCCAGCACAUGAGAUCAUAUUUCUUCCUAAAGCCAGAACUGGAUGAGUAAAGGAGUAAGAACACUUGCCUGAAUGUCCUUCCUUCCCACCUCCAAUGUGUGUUAGAGCCCAACUCAAAUGUGUAAAAUUUGUCUUAAGUUGAUACUGUACACUCAGGCUUCCUCUAUUUCCUUUUAAUUAAUUGAUGAAGAUGUUUUUAAAGCCCUCAGCAUAUUUAUAUAGUUGCUUACCUGAUAUAAAUGCAAUAUUAAUGCCUUUAAAGUUUGAAUCUAUGCCAAAGACCACCUUUUGUUUUACUAAAGAUUACUUAGAGGAAAUAAGAAAAAUCAUGUUUUGCUCUCCAAGUUCUUCCAGUGCUUUGACGCUGGUUUACACACAAUGCCAAUGUGCUUUUCUCUAAUAUCAGUGCUCAAGACACAGUGAAGCCAAAAAAAAAAAAAAAAAAAAAAAUUUCCCUGAAUGAUUAGAGACACCACUAAAGUCUACAUUUAUUAUCUAGGAUUUGUUAUGUGCAAAUAUUUCUGCCUCUUCAUUUGUUCUGUUUAAAACAAUAAAGUGCAUUUGUAUAAAUAAUGCUUUAAAUGGAUAUGUUAUUAGAGCAGGGUUCUCCUGUUUUUGGAAUAGCCAAUCUAAUCCUCAAGAUCUGGAAACUACAAAUUAUUAUUUUUUUCUUUUCUUUUCUUUUUUUUUUUUAAAGA